AUGUCGCAGAGUUUGGAGCUGAAUCAGCGUCACCACGUCAUGCACCUGCUGCCGGAGGUUGAUUGCGGUCCGAAGGCGUGGACCGUGUUGAAGGAGCUGCACGCCCCGACCUCCGUUGUCGCAACGUUGAUGUUGGAGAGGGAGCUGUCCGCGUUGCGCUUGAGCAAGGGAGAGCCGGUGCAACCUGUUUUGGACAAAAUGCACGACCUCUACGUGAAGUUGGCGACCGCGGGAAAAACCUACCCGGAGCAGACCAAGUGCCUGAAGAUGCUAUCGCUGCUGCCGGAAUCGUGGCUUCAAUUCACGAGCGGAUUGAGCCUGCCGCAGAACCAGAGCUUGUGGACCCUGGAAUGGGUGCGGACGAAGAUUCUGGAGGAGGACUUCCGUCGCCGCCAACUGAGGGGUGGAGACGACGGCAGCAGUGGCUACGGGAUGCAAGGGAGCCGACGUGGCAGAGGACGUGGCUUCGGUGGUGCUGGACGCGGUGCAAAGAAGGACGACGACUCCAACGACCAACAAGGAGGUACCGGUUGGGGUCGCGGUGCGAAAUCUGGACGUGGGGGCAAGUCGGGUGCUGGUGGCAAAAUGAAAGGGAGUUGCUGGUAUUGUGAGAAAGAGGGGCACCCCUGGUUUUUGUGCUAUAAGAAACCUGAUGGAUGGACCCCCCAGAAUCGUCACCAGGAUGGCGGCGCGCGGAGGAACCAGAAAAACGGCGCGAACAUGGUCGCCGAUUCGUCCGACAACAACCCGAAGAGCAACGGCGGUGCAGAGAAGAAGAAGGAGCGCACCGCAGGCCAGUUCUUCCAUAUUGGAGAACAAGGGGAGCAAGGAGACGCCUCUGCAAAGGUUGGAGCAGAGCUGCAUCCCCUAGGAGUAUUGGGUGUGGCUGGUGCAGGACGAGCUGCAUUCAAGGGAGCGGAUGGCAAGCCGGUGGUGCUGCAUGAUGUCCUCCUCAUUCCUGAUCUCAAGGCCAACCUCAUCUCCCUCCGUAAGCUUGCCAAGGCUGGGGUGAGCACUAGCACGGAUGGGGCACGCACGUACAAGGGGCAGCUGGGAAAUCGGGUGCUUUGGGAUCUGCACGAGAGCAAGGAUGUGUACAGAUCCAUGUGGCAGCUGCCGGCGUUGGCGUGGCACGGUGGGGGGCAGGCAGGAGAGGGGUCUGCAUCCCAGGGGAGUGCAACGCCGUUGGAGGGGUUGGUGAGCAAGAAGCCUUUGGAGCUGGUUCACAUGGACCUGGUGGGGCCGCUGCCGGUGCAAGGGCACAAGGGGGAGCGGUAUUUCUUAACCAUUGUGGAUGAUUGGAGCACACUCAUGUGGGCGUAUCCGCUGAAGCAAAAGGACCACGCCGCCUCUACGAUAAAGGAAGAUUGGCUGCCAUUUGUUGAGAAGCAAGCGGAGUGUGUAGUGAAGCGGAUUAGGACAGACCGGGGUGGUGAGUUCCUUGGAGCUGAAACGACGGCCUGGCUCAAGAAGCAGGGCAUUCAGAGGGAGCUGACCACGGCUUACUCUCCGCAGUCCAACGGUGUAGCAGAACGGGCGAACCGGACCAUUCUGGAGACAGCUAGGGCGCUGCUCAUAGAAUCAGGGGUGAACAACUCUAUGUGGCCCCAUGCUGUCUGGCACGCUACCGUGGCUAGGAACAGGAUGCUCACUAAGGUUGGUAAUGAAUCGUGGGUGCCGCUGGAGAGGUGGCUUGGGAGGAAGCCGCAGGUAGACAUGCUGAGGGUGUUUGGUUGCAUGGCAGUCGCCAAAGUCCCCAAGAAGUAUCGAAGUAAGUUGGGGGCGAGUGCAAUCUGGUGUGUGCAUUUGGGGCUGGCUGCUGAGAGCAAGGGAUGGCUGCUGUGGGAACCAUCCAAGGGUGUGUUGUUUGACAGCAGGGAUGUGAAGUUUGUUGAGGGCAUGAUGUAUGGGGGCUGGAAGAAACAGCCGGAGACUAAGGUGUCCCAGCAGAUGGAGCAGAUCACCACGCAGCUGGACCUGACUCCUAGUGUGUGGGAGGAGGGAGAGGAGGCAGCUGCAGAGGGUGGUGAUGGAGAGAAGGUACAGGAGGCACCUGCUAGUGGAGGAGAUGAUGUGGAGACUAGUGGUAGCACCAAGGAAGCUGCUGGAUCUGAGGGAGGAGAACAGCAGCAGGGAAAAACUAACGUUCCUACACUACCAUCAAGGAGAAAGCCGAAGGGUUUUGUUAUGAGGGGAUGGGAGACACCCGUCUCGAGGCCAAGACGUACCCGUAUGGCCACUAUGAAGCUGACUGCAGGAGCUGAUGUAGCAGAGCAGCAGCUUGGGAAUGAGGAGGCAUUGCUGAUUCUACCGCAUGGCUAUGACCCGGAUGAGGAAGAUGAACCUGCCUACUGUUUUCUUGCCUCUGCACCAGAGGAACCAGCAAGCAUGGAGGAGGCAUUAGCUGGACCAGAUAGGGAGAAGUGGCUGGCUUCUAGGGAUGCUGAGUACCAAAGCCUGUUAGAGAAUGGGACAUGGGAUCUGGUGGUGCUGCCUGAGGGGAAGAAAGCCGUACAGUGCAAGUGGGUGCUAAGGAUCAAGACCGAUGACAAGGGACAUGUCACCAUCUACAAGAGUAGGCUGGUGGCUAAGGGGUUUAUGCAGAAGGAGAAGCAGGACUUCAAUGAGAUCUUUGCUCCCACUGCCAAACCCCCUACCCUCCGUGUCUUGUUGGCAGAUGCAGCCGUUAGUGGGAAAUUCAUCAUUCAGAUGGAUAUAUCAACGGCAUUCCUCAAUGGGAUUUUAGAGGAGGAUGUGUACAUGACGCAGCCGCCUGGGUAUGAGGAUGGUACGGGCAGGGUGUGCAAGCUGAAAAAGUCCAUCUACGGCUUGAAGCAGGCGCCACGCUGCUGGUACCAGAAGUUGGCAGCUGUUUUAGAAGAGAUGGGAUUCAGGACCAGCAGCUGUGAUGAGAGCCUCUUUCUCAAGGGGGAGGGGGAGAAGCUGGUGAUGUUUCUGGUCUACGUGGACGACAUUCUUCUCUUCAGCAGCAGCAUGAAGGAGAUCCAGAACGUGCAGCAGCAGCUGAUGAAAAACUUCAAGUGCAAGACCCUUGGGGAGGUAAAGUACUACCUCAGGAUGCACGUGGAGAGGGAUCUGGAUCACAGGUGGUUGAAGCUGCACCAGGAGAAGUUCAUCAAGGAUCUGGGGGAGAAGUAUGGGAUUGAGAAUGAGCGCAAGGUUGCAACUCCCCUGCCAGCAGAAUUCAAGCUUGUGAAGGCAGCAGAGGAUGAAGGGGUUGAAGCCGAGGAGCAGCAGCAAUUUCAGUCCUUGGUGGGCAGCCUCUUGUAUGCAGCAGUUCACACGAGGCCCGACAUCUCUUUCUCGAUUGGGCAGCUGGCUAGGGUGGUGCAGAAUCCAUCAGAGGAGCAGGUGGAUGCAGCUGAGCGUGUGGUGAAGUAUCUGAACUCUCACCCAAGCAUUGGAGUUCAAUACUCCGCAUCUGCACAGGUGAAGCAGAAAGGGGUUGAGGUGCUGAAAGAGAAGGGGGAGCGGCUUGGAGAAGGCAAUAUGUUUCUCACUUGCUUUACCGAUGCUACGUGGGCUUCUGAGAAGGACGAUUCCUCAUCCGUGGGAGGAUACAUCUGCGUAGUUGGGGGAGGACCUGUUAGUUGGAGGUCCAAGAAGCAGACGGAGAUGGCACUAUCCUCUGUUGAAUCAGAGUACACGGCAAUGUUCCAUGGGGUGAAGGAGGUGAUUUGGCUGAGGAGGCUAUUAGAAGAGAUUGGCCAGGAGUAG